GCACAUUUAUGCCAUUUUUUUGCUCUAUAGAAAACAGUCUCUUCUCAAGCAACAACCAAUUAAGAUCACGGUUAUAUUGAUGUACGCUUCUUGCAAAAUGAGAAGCUUGCAAUUAUUUAUUGGCGUUGUAUUGCUUUUAAAUCGAGUACGAUUCAAUUAUGGCUACACUGUGGAGACUGUGAAAUUAGAAGUGUUCAAUGAUAAGUUCCGUGCCUCGAUACCAAAUGAUCCUGACAUCAAAUGGGUAGCAUUUAAUGUUAAUAUUAACAAAGCCUUUAGCUCAUUCGAAGCUGGUCAAUUAUCAGGUUUAGUGGGAAUGCCCAAAAAUGGCAAAUGGACUCAUGAAUUCAGACGUUCACUAUCAGAUUCCGAUGUUAUCUACAUCUGGCUGGCGAUGCAAUAUGAUGGGGUUAUAUUUCGUGAUAGGCAAGGGCCAUUUUCGGUUGCUGCAAUACGAAAUGGAGAUCCCAAUAUAAUGGCAAUAACAACGUCUUCAACCACAACAACACCAACGACGACCACCACAACACCGGUACCAUCGCCCAGCUCGGGUGAUGAAAAUCGUGUGAAUAAUACCCAAAAUUGUUUCGAUUCACAAACAGAACUACCGCAUGGAGAUAAUAAACAUAAACAUUGCAAAGGCGAUCUAUUGUUUGAAGAAAAUUUUGAUAAUCUGGACGAUUCUCGUUGGAUCAAUGAAGUACGAAUACCCAUAAGAACAACGGAUGAUGAAUUUGUUUUUUACAAUGGAACAGCGUAUGUAGAUAAUGGUAUCUUGAAAAUAACACCAACGUUGUAUAAUGGAGCGGUUAAUAGAGAUUAUGUGAAUUUGGGAAAUAGAUGCACCGCCCGGUAUGAUAAAUGCAGUCUACAAGGUAGACCCAAUUAUUAUAUACCCCCUAUUGUAUCAGGUCGCAUAAACUCCAGAAAUUCAUUCAAUUUUAAAUACGGACGCAUAGAAGUUAAGGCGAAAAUGCCCAAAGGCGAUUGGUUAGUACCACUACUUCUGCUGGAACCAAAUGCAAUGAAAUACGGAAAUGCUGCGUAUAAGAGUGGGGAGAUGCGCAUAGCAUUUGUUCGUGGAAACAAAGAGUUAAAAUGGCGUGAUCUAGAGAUUGAUGGUUCGCAUUUAUAUGGUGGUGUCAUAGUUAAAAGAGAAGCCGAACGAAGACAUGACUUUAUGGCCAAUGUCACAUUGGAUGAUGUGAACGGUUCAAAAGAACAUUUCGGCAAUACAUUUCAUGUAUAUUCGUUGAUUUGGAAGCCUACCGAGUUACUGUUAUUCGUAGACGGUUAUCAAUAUGGUAGAAUAGCAACAGAUUUUAAAAAAUCCAUACGUGAACAAGUUUGGGAUUUAGGUGGAGAUAAUGCUCCAUUAGACGAUAUGUUUUACAUAACUUUGGGACUAUCAGCUGGUGGACAUGGUGACUUUCCACAUGGAAUUCCAAAUAAGCCCUGGGUUAAUACUAACCCUAAAGCGCCGCUGCAUUUCAGUGAACAACGUAACGCAUGGCAUUCUUCAUGGGAACAGCCGUCCUUGGAAGUUGAUUAUGUAAGAGUGUAUGCUAUAUAAGUAAAUAUUUAAUAAAAAUAUUUUAAGCACAUAAAAAUAUUGUUAACUAUUCUUAACUUUCCAAAUAGGCCACAUAUAUAUCUAUGGAAUACCUAUCCACAGAUUUUUAUCUAUCUAUAAAAAAAAAACAGUUCUGGAACAGAGCAGAAGUUGGUUUUUAUAAACUA